UUCAACAGAUGGCUCUUGGUGUCCCAGUUCAGCCAGCGCUAUUGCUCUACCACCCUUAAACCUGUCCUGUCUAAGAGAAAGGAAGAUAACAAGAGAGAAACCGAGACAGGGAGAGAGAAGGAGGGAGUGUAGUUUAGCUUAGGAAACUGAAACUGCUUAGACAAGAACUACUGCUUUUCAGUUUUCUGUGUCUGAAAACUUUUUCUUUUUUUUUCCCUCCACCCUGUCUCUCAUUCACUGCUUUCAUGACAGGCGUCCUUUACAGAGUUUUGUUCAGUCUUAAGUGGGAGUUCACCAAAGAAGAUAGAUAGUGGGAGGGAGUGAGAAAGAGAAAGAGAAAGAGAGAGAGAAGGGGGGAAUAGAGGAGAGAAGUGUGGCGUGACUGGGACAUUGCUCAGUGUUGCUCCCUAAGCUUUGGGGGUUCCUCUGCAAGACAUAAGGGACAAAAAGCACCACCUGCUCCCUCUCCAGCAGUUUCCAUUGGACCUGCAGUCUGGUGUGUGAGUUUUUAGCAGAGCUGCAUAAAGUGGACGAGGCUGCACACGGACCGCUGUCCUUCUCCAUCAGAAAUUUUGAAGUGAAGCAGCAGGCCGACUGAGCAGGAGACCAGGUGUGCUACCAGUGGCUAGAGGUCAGAGGUCAUAGCCAUGGCGACCGGCCAGUUGGUGGUGCUGCUGGCCGUGGUGGCAGUGGCGCAUGCCUCCGUAUUUCUCUCUGGCCAGAGACAGAAACCUCGAUUCCAACGAGACCGCCGUAACAUCCGCCCCAACAUCAUCCUCAUCCUCACUGAUGACCAGGACAUUGAGCUAGGCUCCAUGCAGGUGAUGAAUAAGACACGGAGGAUCAUGGAGCAGGGUGGCACACGCUUUUCUAAUGCUUUUGUGACAACACCCAUGUGCUGCCCAUCGCGCUCGUCUCUCCUGACCGGCAAAUACGCUCACAACCACAACACCUACACCAACAACGAGAACUGCUCGUCUCCCAGCUGGCAGGCCCAGCAUGAGCCGCGCACCUUCGGAGUCUAUCUCAACAACACAGGCUACAGGACAGCAUUUUUUGGGAAAUAUCUGAAUGAGUAUAAUGGCAGCUACAUUCCCCCUGGUUGGAGAGAGUGGGUGGGGAUGGUGAAGAACUCCCGCUUCUACAACUACACCAUCUGCAGGAACGGCAUCCGGGAGAAACAUGGAUUCGACUACUCGCAGGACUAUCUGACAGACCUGAUAACCAACGACAGCGUCAGUUAUUUCCGCAUGUCCAAGAAAAUCUAUCCUCACAGGCCAGUGAUGAUGGUGAUCAGUCACGCCGCGCCCCACGGCCCGGAGAACGCGGCGCCGCAGUACUCCACCGCCUUCCCCAACGCAUCCCAACACAUUACUCCCAGUUAUAAUUAUGCUCCAAACCCGGACAAGCACUGGAUCAUGCGUUACACUGGUCCGAUGAAACCCAUCCACAUGGAGUUCACCAACAUGCUGCAGAGGAAGAGGCUGCAGACGCUGCUGUCUGUGGAUGACAGUGUGGAGAAGAUUUACAAUAUGCUUGUGGACACUGGCGAGUUGGACAACACAUAUGUUAUCUACACAUCUGAUCAUGGCUACCACAUCGGGCAGUUUGGAUUGGUCAAGGGCAAAUCCAUGCCUUAUGAGUUCGAUAUACGGGUUCCUUUCUAUAUACGAGGCCCCAGUGUGGAGGGAGGGACCAUCAACCCGCACAUUGUCCUGAACAUCGACCUGGCCCCUACCAUUCUGGACAUCGCCGGGCUCGAUGUUCCUCCAGACAUGGACGGAAAAUCCAUCCUCAAACUGCUUGACACUGACAGACAUAUCAACAGAUUCCAGGUCAACAAGAAGGGGAAAGUAUGGAGGGACUCCUUCCUGGUGGAGAGAGGUAAACUACUUCAUAAAGUAGUGCAUGACGGAAAGGACGUGGCACAAGAAGAGAACUACCUUCCCAAGUACCAGCGAGUCAAAGACCUUUGCCAGCGUGCUGAGUACCAGACACCCUGCGAGCAGAUCGGACAGAAGUGGCAGUGUGUGGAAGACUCCACCGGGAAGCUGAGGCUAUAUAAGUGCAAAGGCAUGGCCAGUCUUUCAUCAGUGAAGAAACCAGUGUCCAGCACAAAGCCCCAGUUUUACCAGCGCUCCAUUAGCACCAAUGCUAAAGUGAACAUGGAGCCUGAUGGCUGUGACUGUGACUUCAGCAGCUACAGGCUUAGCACGCUGAAGAAAAAGACUCUGCUGUCCAAAAAAAAAAUGAAGACGCUGAAAAGCUACUCCAGGAACCGCUAUGCUCGCUCGCUUUCUGUGGAGAUAGAUGGAGAUCUCUAUGCAGUGGAUCUGGAUGGUGAAUACAGACCAGUCAGCAGCAGGAACCUGAGCCACGCCCAACAGGAAGAGGAGGUGUUCAGCGGGAUGGGUCCGACUGCUGAGCCACAGACCAGCAACAGCCUGGCAUUGCCCUCAGCUAUUAAAGUCACACACAGGUGUUCCAUCCUGGCCAACGAUACAGUAAAGUGCGACGUAGGAUUGUACAAAUCUCUGCAGGCAUGGAAAGAUCAUAAACUCCACAUCGACCACGAGGUAGGCAAAAACAUCGAGACACUGCAGACGAAGAUUAAGAACCUGAGAGAGGUCAGAGGUCACCUGAAGAGGGUGAGGCCUGGAGACUGUGACUGCAGCAAGUACAUCUACAAGUCUAAGUUCAAAAGUAAGCUGAGGAAAUAUAAAUCAGACAGUGUGCACCCAUUCAGGAAAGCGCAGGAGAAGGAUAAGAAGGCAUGGCUGCUGACGGAGCAGAAGCGCAGGAAGAAGCUCAGGAAGAUGUUGAAGCGUCUUCGUAACAAUGACACAUGCAGCAUGCCAGGCCUCACCUGCUUCACACAUGAUAACCAGCACUGGCAGACUGCCCCCUUCUGGACCUUGGGACCUUUCUGCGCCUGCACCAGCGCCAACAACAACACAUACUGGUGUAUGAGGACCCUCAAUGAGACGCAUAACUUCCUGUUCUGCGAGUUCGCUACAGGCUUCCUGGAAUACUUUGACCUCAACACAGAUCCAUACCAGUUGAUCAACGCAGUAAACACACUGGAUCGGCACGUUCUGAAUCAAAUGCACGUACAACUCAUGGAGCUGCGAGGUUGCAAGGGCCACAAACAGUGUAACCCCCGCAUACGCAAUAUGGACCUGGAGGGCAGAUUUGGGAAGGAUGGGAAGGAUAAGUCCCAGGAGGAUACAAGCCAAUUCCAACCCUUGUACACACUCGACGAGCACGCCUACGAUCUCAACCUCAACUUCACCUUGAGCCUGGAGGACUGGGCCCACUUUAGCCGCUCCGUGGACCACACGUACACGUUCCUUAGCAACCAUAACCAGCCUUGCCCACAUAAUCUGGCGGGAGGGGCCAGAGGAAGAGACUGUGCCCUUGUGUCCUCAGCCAGUGGCUCGGCUUCAGUCGUCUACCUUACCACCCUGGCCACUCCUGCUUUGUUGCUGAGGGAGGCGGGGACAGAACUUCUGAGAGAGGCUUUGGGAUUGAGAGCGAAGCCACACCCCUCUUCCUCAGCCCCUCCCACUUCUUCUUCGUCUUCUUCUUCUUCUCCUCUUUCCAUGCGUUUGCUCUCUUCAAGCUCACAUAAGAACAGGGACACUACGGAGGAAAGAGUGAAUAUGCAUAUGUGGAGUGGACGAACAGAAGAGGGGAAGAGAGAGGGGGAGGAGGAGGAGGAGGAAGAGGACAGCGACGAAGAUGACGAGGGGGAGGUUUUUAUUAAGAAACGGACAGGUCGACGGAGGUUCGGCACCGCCCACUGUGACUGCAGCUAUUCCCAGGUCUCCGUCUGACUUUCUGUAUGGGGCCUGUAUGGGUCGUUACCUCGUUCCUCAGAGAAGACUCUUAACCUUCGUACAGAAGUUUACCUCCAGCCUACAACCAACCUCUUUCUCUCCUACCUCUCGUCCUCUCGUUCCGCUUCUUCUGUCCACAUCAGUCUUCCGCAUCAGCCACAGCCUCCAGGCUCUGUUUCUUUUCAGUCCAUAUUUUAAGUCUGUCCAUUACGAUACUAAUAUUCCAGAGAUCGUCGAAAAGAGCACAUAUCUUCAUUGGACAUUCGGCAGGUGAGGUUGUCAAGAAAUUUGGGACCGAGUUUCGUCUUGUGGAUACGUGUACGUGUUUUCUUUUGAGUUCUGUAAAUGUGCUGAUGGCUGUGUGGUACAUCUCUCCUCCUGCACAGCUUCAGCUCAUGUGGCACAUUCCCCAGUCUCUUUCCAUAACUGCCUCAAUGUCCAACAACCCUGGCUUACCUCUAGGCCAUGUUCUAAGAUACUUUGAACCCUUCUGUUCUGUUCUGUUUGACUCUCAAUGACCUGUUUUGAAUUUCUACACAAAGUUGAACCACCCUAAAAACGAUUUUUACGACACUGUCUGUUCUAGGCUCAGCUGAAAAUUAUUUUUAUUUCAGAGAUCGCGGUCAGGUCUUUUUCACCUGAGAGUAGCAAGGAGAGAAAAAAAUUAGAGCGUGUGUGUGUAAGAACCUUGACAUGUGAUAUUCUUCCUCACACGUGUGUGCAUCCCAGACCUGAAACCCCAUUAAUACUGUUACUAAAGCUGCUGAUGAAGAUACAUUCAAAUCAAUUUGACCAACAGUAGCUAUAAAAUCGAAAGGGAUUUCGAUGUUGACGUGAAAAAGAAGAAAGACAAGAAAUGAUGGGAAAAGGAAGGAAGCUGUAUUGUUCAUAAUUGACAUGGAGAUAUAUAUUGUUAAAUCAUAUUGUAUUGCUAUAAAAAUCCAAACAUAUGGUGUGAGUCAGCAAGAGACUCGUUGUUAAGAAAGGAACAGAACACCAGGGUUAGCGCAUUAGCAGCUGUAACAUCUGGACAGAUGCACACACUGCUGUUAUUCCUGCUCUAGUCACUUAAAAAAAAAAAAUCUGGUAAAUAAUUUGGAGAGUGUAUGUAGUUGGGUGUAAAUUAAAGCACAUCAUAUUUUAUAUUUUAUGUCAAUAUGAUGUUUUUUUUUUUUUGUUGUUGGCUCAUUUUGGGGCUGUCUGUGUAAAAAAAAAAGAAAAAAGAAAGAAAUGUGGUGUACAUCCCUAAAAGGUCAUUUCACUCUGUUAUUAAAAUUCUUAGCGGUUAGAGUGACAACAGUCUCAGGCGUGUGGCUUAUCGGUAACAAAUGAGCCACUUCAGUCUAAACCUGCCUCUUCAUAAACCGGGUGCAACAGGAUGUGUUCCAUUAAUAAGAUAAAACAUUAUUUACUGACACAAAUGUGCUUUUUUUCUUAAAAAACAAACAAACAAACAAAAAAAACCAUGAUGAUAAAGGUUUGAUGUGAUUAUCAUGUGUGAAUUUCCUUUUAACCCAAUUCUUCUUAGGUAGGUAUUUGUGCUAUACAUGGUGCUACUAAAGUCUGAGCAACUAUAUUAAAAUGGCAGUAUGUAUUUGAAUGUACGUUUGCAAAUGAAUAUGCUGUAAAUGUUAAAGUAUAUUUUAUAUGACACACAACAGUCAAGGCCAUCAGGCAUCCAUAUAUACAUAUAUAUAUAUAUAUAUAUAUAUAUAUAUAUAUAUUUGGCUUUGGAUCAUGUUAGUGCUUUAUCGACUUUCUGUUCAGUCCCUGGUCAUUUGUCGACGCUGUUCUGAACGGGAGCGCUCACUCGGAUAGACUGGAACUCAGUAAAAUACGCCGAUGAGAUUAUUUCUAGGUUAUUUGUUUGACGUGAAUACUGUUUAUGGAGCUGUGUUUCCAUCCAAGCCAAUUUUUUUGGGAAUAGAAAUUUCCCAUCAAAAACAAACUUUACAGUAACAGUUACAUGAAUGAUCCUGCACUAAUACUUACUGAAAUAGGAACAAAUGAUGAGUUAAAGCAUGAAGUAAUGAAGAGAUAACCUUAACUAUGACGUGAAUGAAUUCACGACCACCUUAAGUUAGUACUUGUUUGUUAGUUAAUGCAUUUAUUAUCAAUCAAACACGCUCUAUCCAAGACUUAGAAAAUGCUGGUUUUAAAUGCAUAUAGAUAAUAACGAUUGCUAAAUGAAUUGAUGUUUCACCCUUGUGAGUAAAGGAGAGUAGAGCCCCGGGUACGAGUCUCCCAGAGCAUCUACAAGUCCUACAGUGAGAUUGAAUGAGAAAUGGAUGGAGAACGAAGUAUUAAUUCAGGUAUUAGUGCAGGAUUAUUCAUGUACCGUUCUUGUAAAGUGUAAUCAAACAGAGGAAUGCAGUAAAAUUCUUUGUUAAAUAGAUCAUAUGAAUACAAUAUACAAUCACCAAUCUAUUCGGAACAAUCAUUUAUGCAAUUAUCUAAUCAUGUGACCACAGCACAACGCAGGAAAGCAUGCAGAUUCGGGUCAACAGAUGGCCUGGUGUGAGUAUUUCAGAAACUGCUGGUUUUUCACACAAAUUAGUCUUGAAAGUUUAUACAGAAUGAUGCAAAAAAAAACAAAAAAAACAAGGAGCAGUGACUCUGGGGUGAAAAGACCUUGUCGUUGAGAGAGGUCAGAGGUCAGACCAGUUUGAGCUAGGCUACAGUAAGGCAAAUAAGCUGUCUUCACAAACCAAGCUUACACUACACACCACGGUUGUCAAGUUUUUGUGCCUCCUGGUGGUCGGGUGGCAGGAUCCCGCGCUCUCAUCGCCACAGCCCGGGUUUGAUUCUCGGGCAGAGAGCUAACCCAGCCACUGAAGAGUUAACUUUCAGUGCUGGGCCCCAAGCCCGAGUUAAAUAGGAGGGUUGUGUCAGGAAGGGCAUCUGGCAUAAAAACCUGUGCCAAAUCCCAACAUGCGGACCAAAUGAUCCGCUGUGGCAACCCUGAAUAGGGAGCAGCCGAAAGAACAACAACAAGACGGUUGUCGAGUAUUUAUUUAUUUAUUUGAAUUAUCGUAGAAUCUUUGUCAGUCUGUGUAAACUUUAUAGACUUUUGUGUAAGAAGAGCAUCAGUUUAUGAAAUACUGACACCAGUCUGUUUGGUAAACAAAUAGAGACCAAUUAAAGGAAAAAUCCACAUCAAGUGUCUUGGUAAGAUUUUGGCCUACCGUAAGCAAACCACAACAGCUUUAGCACACCUUGCUCUAGAUCCUACAAGUCCAUAAAACUGCUCCAGACAGAUUAAGACCAUUCUUCCAAAUAUAUAUAAAUAUGUAUUCCCUCAGCUGGUGAUCGAGAGUCCAUGUUACUCAGAAAUCUCCCACAAGUAUCCAAUUGGGUUGAGAAGUUGAACCAGUGACUGUGCACAUCAUAGCAUAUGAUUUCCAGGAUUUUAAUAUAUAUGAAGCCAUUUACUAACCUACCUAAUGCUCAGAAUAGGAUAAAUGUGAUCAGUCAUAAUGACUUGCAGUGACUCUUCUAGCUAAGGGCAGCAAGUGGAUCCAAACCAUGCUAGCAAGAUCUCUCCCCCAGAGCCACCAGGAUUCCUUAAAAUGGUCAGGUCCAUUUUCCUACACUGAAACAUAGAAAUUUGCACAGUUUUUGAACAGAUUUCACUCAGAUUUAAUUCCUCACUUGGCUGGAAACAUGAAGGUAUUGAGGAGAUUAAGGGUGUGUCUCAAUCAUCUCGCUAGCUCCCUAUGUGUACACAAGUUGGGACACUGAUAAGGAUUCGGAUAUGGUUCACUACACACUUAGGACUCCGGUGACGUUUCAUAAUAUUUCCUAAUAAAUCAGUCACUGGAUCAUAUCACAGAUUUAAGUCGUAUAAAUUUGUUAGCUCAGUGACACAUGUUUCUGUCAUAGUACCUGAAGCGGUAUUGGGGCUUGCGGGUGGAUUUUUGGAAUCCUCAAACACACUGAGAGUCGAUGCUCCCUGUUACAGUGCAUUGUGGGGUUUUUUUAGCCAGUGAAAGAGACAUUGCUUAAAAUUUCUGUCUCCCUGAUCAGUUCCCUGACUAUACUGAACUAGCGAGCUGAUUGAGACACACCCCGAGUCUGCAUCCGACAAGCCUCUUAGGAUCAUACAGUAGCUUUAAUGCAUUGUUUCUGAUCUCACUGAUGUCUUUUUAUUCUUCUUUCAUCACUUCUUUUGACUGAAUCCAAAGCCAAUAUUUUUUGCGCCAGAUGUUGUGUCAUUACUUCUCCCAGUUCCCAGUUCAAUGGAAUUCCCUCUGCACUUUCUAAAGGGAUUACUGUAAUGGACAGACAUAUUUCACAUGACAGACGGUUUGAACAUAACAACGCCUUGUACAGUUCUAUAGAUGAAUCAUAUCUCUAUUUUUGUUUCAGUUAACGUGUGGACAUUUAAUAGCGCUUGGUAGUUGUGAAUAAAGUGUUGAAUGCCCA